CAGGCUAUCUCGGAUCAAUUCUUCUUAGAUCGACGAGUUUGCAUCGAAGCGCCUUUCUGCACCAAUUGUUAUCCAUUCUACACGUCGACGGCCAUCCACCAUGUUCUACAUCAUGUACCUCACAGGCCUUUGCCAGCGCCGUCACUGGCCGGACCCGCUCUUCUCAACGUACCGCACUCGCUACGGCUACGGAUGCACCGUCCGUGUGAAUAACAGGGAGUACUCCACGGAUGUUGAUUACGAGACGGAUGAGCUGGCAAAGAACGCCGCUGCUACUCGGGCCUACAUGAUCUGCCGCAACUUCUCCGUCAAUGACGGAAUGUACCCCGGUCAGCGUCCUGGCCAGGGAGGCGUCGUUCAGGGGCUCCCUGUAGCCAUCGGCACGGGAAGGAGGCAUACCUGCUCGUCCAAUGACUAUGACAGCAAUAGCUCAAGUGGUGGGACCAGCCCGCGGAACAGCGACUGUGGGCUCGACUCCGACCCCUCUGGGCGCAGGUCGAGCAAAUCCUCCACCUCCUCUAUCUCGAAUUGCUUCUGCGGCCGCGGAACCGUGCGUGCAUACGAAAGGUGCACGCUCUGCCUCCGUGAUGCCGGAUACAGAUGUUAGACCGCAUGUUGCUUCAUCGCGUAACGGCGUCGACUGUUCCAUAGCCGAUCGUUCGGCAAAAGCGAAAACGAUACCAUAACGACCAACGACCCAAAAGACUUGAAGAGCUCAGGCUCAGCGAUACCAGGAUCAUUACGACUUGCAUCCAUGCUAUGACGACCUAACGAAUGCCCAAUGCAACGAUUUCCAUUGUUCAGCUUCUCGCAUUUCCUUGGGCGGGGCUCCUGUUCAGUUCAUCUUUCCUUCGCCACGAGACCUCAUGUCACGAUUAUGAUUCAUGUCUCUC